AUGGGCGACUUCAUUGACGAACCAAUCACCCUCUCCUCGCACGCCCUCGAUGCGCUCAAGGAGUUCUACUCGGAGCGCGAUGUGCACACGGAGAAGUUUGAGCAGCUCAAGGCCGACGCCGGGGAGGACCCGGACAGCAAGCAGGCGCCGCUGAGUAUGGCGGCAUUCCGGGAGGACUGGCAGGAGAGUCAGUUCUGGUGCUUGGCCCAAUACCACAGGGGCCGCGCCAGCACGGUCGAGGACCCAGGGGGUAUAUAUGCGGAGGACUAUUCAGACGAGACGGCGAGACUGUUGGCGGGCCAGCUGCUCAAGGGCGCAGCCGAGGACACAACGAUUGCAGUCGUGUCGGCGCCAAGUGUGUUUGUUGCGCUCAAGAACCUUUUGAACGAGACCGAGGAGGCCUCUCCCAAGCCGAAGCUCAUCCUCCUGGAGCACGAUCAGCGCUUCUCCGUCUUCCCGGAAUUCGUGUUCUACGACUACAACCAGCCCGCCAAAUUGCCUGACACACUCAAAGGCAGCGUGGACUGCAUCAUCAUCGACCCUCCGUUCCUGAACCCAGACUGCCAGACCAAGAUGGCACUCACGGCGCGCUGGCUGAGCAAGCCGAACACAGAAGACAUGCGGGCCAUCCUGGUGACGGGCGAGAGGAUGGAGAGCCUGGUCCUCAAGCUGUACAAGAACUUUGGGCUGCGGACGACGACGUUCGAUGUCGUGCACAUGGGGCUGAAGAACGAGUUCUACUGCUAUGCCAACUUUGUAGACGACGCGUGGAAGUGGAAAGAAAGCUAG